AAAGAGGCAAUUUUAACAGUGUCAAAGCAUGUUUCUGCCAAGUUUCCAUUUGAAGACAGACAUUCUUCCGUAAGCAUUGUCCCAUUAAAAUGUCCUUGCCUCUAACAGAGGAGCAAGAAAAAGAUUGAAGAGAAUCGACAAAAGGCUCUGGCCCGUCGAGCUGAGAAAUUAUUAGCAGAGCAGCAUCAGAGCACAGCUUCGGGCUCCCCCAUUGCUGCCAGAGCUUCUCAGACCAAGCAGGAACCGUCCCAGAAUCUCCCCAGGGAUCCUUUUAAGCCAGUGAGACAUGGUAUCAUUCCCAAGCAACAGAACCCCAGUAGUUCAUCUAAUGGGGACCCAAGGCCUCAUAAUCCCCACCUCAGUGUGGCAGAGCAGGCAAAGAGGAUAUGGAAGAGGCAAGAAGAGGUGCCCACAGCCGGCCCAAGUCAAGUGACUCUCACUGCCAUUUCCCCUCCCUUGGCACAAAGUCCUCCAGAGGUCUCUAGGCGACAGAUCUUGGGUGACAAGUUAAGUCAAGGUCAUCCUCGGGCUUCACACGAGACCAAGUUGACACACUUUGCUAACACAACUCCAGAGCCUCUGGCCAAAACCAAGAUAUCCCAGGAGACACCAGCUUCUUCCUGCAGUAAGCCAUCCAGGGAUUCAGAGACCAAGACAGCAACACCCUCCACCUCAGGCUGGAACAUUUCCCACAUCCACUGUGACUCGGAGAGUGGGACACCCAGGACAGAAGGAAGAUCUCAAAAGGAGGGGAAAUGCAUAAGGAAGGGAGAUCGUUUCCAGGUGUUGAUCGGCUACAACGCAGAGCUCAUUGCUGUGUUUAAGAGUCUGCCCAGCAGAAGUUAUGAUCCUGCUACCAAGAUGUGGAACUUCAGCAUGACUGACUACAGCACCCUGAUGGAAGCGGCCCAGCGCCUCCGCACAGUCACACUGGAGCCUCUGGAAGAGGCCAGCAGUAGCAGAGCAGCUCAGUCCUGCCUGCCCCCUGCUGACUCCCUCAAGUUUGUCGAAGGGCGAUGCCUGCUCAUCUCCAGGACCCGCUUCGAGGCAGAUAUCAGCUAUUCAGAAGACCUGAUCACACUGUUUAAACAGAUGGACUCCAGAAACUAUGAUAUGAAGACCAGGAAGUGGAACUUUCUCUUGGAAGAACACAAUAAACUGAUUGAACGCGCACGCUGCCUCCCACAAGUUAAACUGGCCCCUCUGCCCAAGACACUGGUCCAGGCCUUUGCUUCUCAGCUGGAGAAGACGACACUCACAACAGACAUCCCCGAGGCUGACCUGUCUGAAGUGGACCCCAAGCUGGUGUCUAGCCUACUGCCCUUCCAGAGAGCUGGCGUCAAUUUUGCCAUAGCAAAAAGAGGCCGGCUGCUGCUUGCUGACGACAUGGGCCUGGGGAAGACCAUCCAGGCCAUCUGCAUAGCGGCGUUUUACCGGAAGGAGUGGCCGCUGCUGGUGGUGGUGCCGUCCUCCGUGCGCUUCACCUGGGAGCAGGCCUUCCUCCGGUGGCUGCCGUCCUUGGGCCCAGACUGCAUCAACGUGGUGGUGACGGGGAAGGACCGCCUGAGAGCUGGCUUGGUUAACAUCGUCAGUUUUGACCUUUUGAGCAAGUUGGAGAAACAGCUACAAACUCCCUUUAAAGUUGUCAUUAUUGAUGAAUCUCACUUCCUCAAAAACAGUAAGACUGCCCGCUGUCGAGCUGCUCUGCCCCUGCUCAAGGUUGCCAAGAGGGUGAUCUUAUUGUCGGGCACACCAGCUAUGUCCCGGCCUUCAGAGCUCUACACACAGAUCGUUGCGGUCAAGCCGACCUUCUUCCCUCAGUUUCAUGCCUUCGGACUUCGCUACUGUGAUGCCAAGAAGCAGCAGUGGGGGUGGGACUACUCGGGCUCCUCCAACCUGCGCGAGCUGAAGCUGCUGCUGGAGGAAGCGGUCAUGCUGCGCCGCCUCAAAUGCGACGUCCUUUCCCAGCUGCCCGCCAAGCAGGCAAGAUGGUGAUGGUCGUGCCGGGCCGCUGCAGCGCCAAGGUCCGGGCCGCCCUGGACACCUGCCAAGGAAAUGACCAAGGACAGCAGUAAACAGAACCAGAAGCAAGCCCUCAUCAUGUUCUUCAACAGUACAGCAGAAGCUAAAAUCCCAUCCAUCAUUGAAUAUAUAAUGGAUCUACUGGAAAGCGGAAGAGAGAAGUUUUUAGUGUUUGCACACCAUAAGAUGGUUCUGGAUGCAAUUACUAAUGAGCUUGAGAAAAAGCACGUCCAGCACAUCCGCAUCGACGGCUCCACCUCCUCAGCUGACCGAGAGCACCUGUGCCAGCAGUUCCAGCUGUCCGAGCGGCACGCCGUGGCUGUGCUGUCCAUCACUGCCGCCAACAUGGGCCUCACCUUCUCUUCAGCUGACCUGGUGGUGUUUGCCGAGCUGUUUUGGAACCCAGGGGUGCUGAUCCAGGCUGAGGACCGGGUGCACCGCAUCGGCCAGGCAAGCUCCGUGGGCAUCCACUACCUCGUGGCGAAAGGCACAGCUGACGACUACCUCUGGCCCCUGAUUCAAGAGAAGAUUAAAGUUCUGGGUGAAGCUGGGCUUUCUGAUGCCAAUUUUUCAGAAAUGACAGAAGCUAGUGAUUACUUCUAUAAGGACCCAAAGCAGCAGAAGAUCUAUGACCUAUUCCAGAAGUCCUUUGAGGACGAGGGAAGUGACAUGGAGCUCCUAGAGGCAGCAGAGUCCUUUGACCCAGGAAGUGCUUCCCUGGACUCUGGAAUUGGUUCCCUGAACAUGGAAGAAAGCACAUCGACAGGCAGUUCAUCAAAGAAAAGGAAAUUUGAAUAUUCUGAUAAUUGGGACAGUUUUACCUCUCCCCUGUGAGCGGGGAAAAGAAUACAUUUAACAAUCAUGGAAUUCGUUACAAUAAAAUGAGGAUUAUUUUAACGGUCGGCGCCUGUUGCUGUGACUGCAGCUCUGGGCUCGGUCUCUGCACAGCUGCUUGCUAGGCCAGAUGCCGGCGUCUCCGUUCCAGCCUCCUGCAGGGGCUUGCUCGGGCCUUAGCUCUUCUGGCUGAGAAGUGGAGAUGGUAGGUUGUAGGAGGAGUAAUUGAUGUUCUUCAAAUAGCAAGGUGCUUUUAACACAGCCCUCGGAAUUGGGAUUUUAAAAAAUGUAUUGAUGAAGCCAAUGUUUGUGGAGCACCUGGGUGCCCGCACCUGUCCCCAGGGACAGGUAAUCACGUCCCAAACCAAAGCGGAAAAGUACUUGUCUGUUUAGAGCUUAUCCUAUAAUGGGAGUGGCUGUGGCUUCACUGGCCAUGAAGAAAAAUGAAGUAAGCUGAGGGCUUCAAGCAGGUGUGCCGGAUCCUCAUUAAAAUAAAAUGAGGUUUGACUUCACGGCCCAGCUGUCUCUGCAGGAGCUGCUCCGUGCUGCCGCUGUGGGGCGGGACCAGCCACACGUCAUCCCACACUGGUGGCCCGUGGCUCUAUCCCAGUAAGACAUUAGAAUUUGAAUUUCAUGUCCUUUUCAGUGUCACAAAUUGUCACCCUUGAUUUAUUUUCAAUCACUUAGAAACGUAAACACUGUACUUGGCUCGCAGGCCACGCGGUGAGAUUGGGCUCUUCAGCCUUCAUUCACCAGCCCUGGUUCACAGCAGCUCUGUCAGGUAGGAAUCAAAAAUGCCAUGUAGUUUCAAUGUCCUGCUUGAAUACUUUUUAAAAUAAAGAUCAGAUAAGUAACACG